UAUUUAUAUCGAUAUAUAUUUUUAUAUAAUAAACAAUCAUAUAAACAUAUUCAUAUACAUAUACAUAUACAUAAAAGGCAUCUAUAAUGAGUGACCAACUGCCUAUUAAGUUCCAAGAGCAUGCACAGUUGCAAAAUCUUGGCGUCAAUGCUGCCAGUAUUGGCUUUAAUACUUUAACUAUGGAGUCUGACAGAUUCAUUUGUGUUCGUGAGCAAGUUAAUAAUCAAAACCAAGUUGUCAUUAUUGACUUGUCUAAUAAUAAUGAAAUUACUCGUCGACCCAUCACUGCCGAUUCUGUAAUUAUGCAUCCCAAGGUUAAAGUUAUGGCCCUUAAAGCCCAAAGACAACUUCAAGUAUUUAACCUUGAAUUAAAAUCUAAACUCAAGUCUUAUAUAAUGUCGGAAGAUAUUGUUUUCUGGAAAUGGUUAGACCUUAAGACAAUUGGUCUCGUUACAGAACAGUAUGUAUAUCGCUGGUCUAUUGAAGGUGAUUCCGCACCCCAAAGAGUCUUUGAGAGACUUGGAACUUUAGCAGGUUGUCAAAUUAUCAAUCUUCGUGUUUCAUCUGAUGAAAAAUGGUAUGUGCUUGUUGGUAUCUCAGCUAAAGAGGGUCGUGUUGUUGGUUCUAUGCAACUUUAUUCCAAGGAUCGUGGUGUCAGUCAACCUAUCGAAGGUCAUGCUGCUGCUUUUGCAGAGCUUAAUAUUGCUGAUGCCCCUCUUCCAACUAAACUUUUCACUUUUGCUGUUCGUUCUGCUAAUGGAAGUGCAAAGGUAACUGCUACUGACUUCCCCGUUGCAAUGCAAGUGAGUCACAAAUAUGGUGUCAUUUACUUAGUCACCAAAAUGGGUUUUAUCCAUCUUUAUGAUCUUGAAUCUGGAACUUGCAUUUAUAUGAACAGAAUAAGUAGUGAGACAAUAUUUGUUACUGCUGAAUUUGAACCUACUUCUGGUAUUAUUGGUGUUAAUAAGAAAGGACAAGUACUUUCAGUUUCUCUUGAUGAAAACAAUAUUAUUCCUUAUAUUAUUAAUACUUUGAAUAAUACUGAAUUGGCUCUUAAAUUAGCUUCUCGCGGUGGCUUUCCUGGUGCUGAUGAUUUAUAUGUCGCUCGAUUUAACCAAUUAUUUGCAACUGGAAAUUUUGGUGAAGCUGCUAAAGUUGCUGCUAACUCUCCUAGAGGUAUUCUUCGUACUACUGACACAAUUGAAAAAUUCCGUCAAAUUCCUGCAGCUCCUAAUACACUACCACCUAUCUUACAAUAUUUUGGCACAUUACUUGAAAAAGGUGUUCUCAACAAAUACGAGUCUCUUGAACUUGCUAAACCUAUCCUCACUCAAAAUCGUAAGCCUCUUUUAGAGAAAUGGUUGAAGGAAGAUAAAUUGCAGUGUAGUGAGGAGCUUGGUGAUUUUGUCAAGCAGUAUGAUUCUCUUUUAGCUUUAUCUGUUUAUUUGAGAGCUGAAGUUCCUAACAAAGUUGUGCUAUGUAUGGCUGAAAACCGUCAAUAUGAUAAGAUUUUAGCUUAUGCAAAGACAGUCGGCUAUACCCCUGAUUAUGCUUCAUUACUCUAUAACAUUGCUCGUACUGAUCCUGAAAAGGCUGCCGAAUUUGCUACUUCUCUCGCUAAUGAUGAAAAUGGUCCUCUAAUUGAACCCGAAAAAGUAGUUGAUGUUUUCCAAUCUCAAAAUAUGAUUCCUCAAGCAACUUCCUUCCUUCUGGAUUAUUUGAAGAGUAAUCGAGAAGAAGAUGCCGCACUUCAAACUCGUGUUUUAGAAAUGAAUUUAAUUCAUGCCCCUCAAGUUGCUGAUGCUAUCUUGGGUACUGGUAUGCUCACUCAUUAUGACAGAGUUGUUAUUGGCAAUUUGUGUGAAAAGGCUGGUUUAUAUCAACGUGCCCUCGAGCAUUACACUGAUAUUCAUGAUAUUAAACGUAUUAUUCCUUAUACUCAUCAAAUGAAUGCUGAAUGGCUUGUUAACUAUUUCGGUAAUCUCUCAGUGGAUCAAACUUUAGAUUGCUUAAAAGAAAUGCUUUCCAAUAACCUUCGUCAAAACCUUCAAAUCGUUGUUCAAAUUGCUAUCAAAUAUUCUGAACAACUCCAACCUCAUAAUCUUAUUGAUCUUUUUGAAUCUUUCAAGAGUAAUGAAGGCCUUUACUAUUAUCUUGGAUCCAUUGUUAAUGUGAGUCAAGAUGGCUUAGUUCACUUCAAAUAUAUUCAAGCUGCUUGUCGUACAGGUAAUGUUCGUGAAGCGGAACGUAUUUGUCGCGAAAGUACUUUCUAUGAUCCUGAAAAGGUCAAAAACUUUUUGAAAGAAGCUAAAUUAAGCGAUCAACUUCCCCUUAUUAUCGUCUGUGAUCGUUUCAAUUUUGUUCAUGAUCUUGUUCUCUAUUUGUAUCACAAUCAUUUACAAAACUUUAUUGAGACUUAUGUACAAAAGGUCAACCCCUCCCGUACUCCUGAAGUUAUUGGUGGACUUUUAGAUGUUGGAUGUGAUGAGGACACGAUCAAGAAUUUACUUCUUUCCGUUCAAGGCGAACUCCCCGUUGAGAAGUUAUGUGAAGAAGUAGAACAACGAAACCGUCUUAAAUUAUUAUUACCUUGGUUGAACAUGCGUGUUACUGCUGGAAGUACCGACCCUGAAGUAUACAAUGCAUUAGCUAAGAUCUAUAUUGAUACGAAUAAUAAUCCUGAACCUUUCCUGAAAGAGAAUGAGUAUUAUAAUCCUCGUAUUAUUGGUAAAUACUGUGAGAAGAGAGAUCCUUAUUUGGCUUUUAUUUGUUAUGAAAAGGGUCAAUGUGAUUAUGAAUUAGUUCAUAUUACUACUGAAAACUCAAUGUUUAAGCAUCAAGCUCGCUACCUUGUUCACCGUCGUGAUCAAUCCCUUUGGAGCUCUGUGCUUGUUGAAGAUAAUCAACACCGCCGUGAAUUAAUUGAUCAAAUUGUUGCUACUGCUUUGCCUGAAUGUACUGAUCCUGAUGAUGUCUCCGCCACUGUUAAGGCAUUCAUGAAUGCUAACUUGCCUAAUGAAUUGAUCGAAUUAUUAGAAAAGAUUGUUUUAGAGAAUAGUGCCUUUAGUGAUAACAAGACACUUCAAAACUUGUUAAUCUUCACUGCUGUCAAGGCUGAUCCAUCUCGUGUUAUGGACUACAUCAACCGUCUGGAUAAUUUUGAUGCACCUGAUGUUGCUGAAGUCUGUAUUGGUGAAAACUUGUUCGAAGAAGCUUUUGUAAUUUAUAAAAAGCAUAAUGUGGAUGCAAAUGCUAUUGAUGUUUUGAUUGAAAAGAUUUGUGAUCUUGAUCGUGCAUAUGAAUUUGCUGAACGUUCUGAUAAACCAGAAGUUUGGAGCAAACUUGCUAAAGCCCAACUCGACCAAAUGCAUGUUAAGGAAGCCAUUGAUUCUUAUAUUCGUGCUAAUGAUACAUCCAACUAUAUGGAAGUCACUCGUUGUGCCUCUAUGGACAAUAAAUAUGAUGAUCUUGUUCGUUACUUGCAAAUGGCUCGUAAGCAAUCGCGUGAACCCUUUAUUGAAACUGAAUUAUUAUAUGCUUAUGCAAAGACAGACCGUUUAGUUGAUAUGGAAGAUUUCUUAGCUAGUCCUAAUAUUGCACAAAUUCAAGAAGUAGGUGAUCGUUGUUUCCGUUCAGGUAUGUUUGAAGCAGCCAAGAUCUUGUACAGCAGUAUCUCCAAUCAUGCUAGUUUGGCACAAACCUUGGUACACUUGAAGGACUAUCAAGGUGCUGUUGACUGUGCUCGAAAGGCAAAUUCAACUAAAGUGUGGAAGGAAGUGAAUGCGGAAUGUAUUAGACAACGUGAAUUCCGUUUAGCACAAAUCUGUGGUCUUCAUAUUAUUGUUCAUGCUGAAGAAUUGGACGAACUUGUAAAGACAUAUGAAAAGAAUGGUUACUUUGAAGAAAUUAUCAAAUUAUUAGAAGCAGGUUUAGGUUUAGAAAGAGCCCAUAUGGGUAUGUUUACUGAACUCGCUAUUCUUUAUUCCAAGUAUGCACCUGAUAUGUUGAUGGAACACCUUAAACUCUAUGUCUCACGUAUUAAUGUACCCAAGGCUAUUCGUGCUUGUAAUGAUGCUCACCUCUGGCGUGAAUUGGUAUUCUUGUAUGUUAACUAUGAUGAAUUUGAUAAUGCAGUGAGCGCGAUGAUGGAGCACUCUGUCGAUGCUUGGGAACAUAGUGCAUUCAAGGAGAUUAUUGUCAAAGUAUCUAAUACUGAAUUAUACUAUAAGGCGCUCAAGUUCUAUCUUGCUGAACAACCUUUAUUGUUGAAUGAUUUGCUAUCUGUUAUGGUACCUCGUCUUAAACAUACACGUGUCGUACAAAUAUUUGAAAAGUCAGAUAACAUUCCCUUGAUCAAACAAUACUUGAUCUCUGUUCAGGAUACCAACAAUAAGGAAGUCAACACUGCCCUUAAUGAACUCUAUAUUGAAGAAGAAGAUUAUGAAGCGUUACGUGAUUCCAUUGACCAUCAUGACAAUAUUGACCCUAUUGAUCUUGCAAAACGUUUAGAGAAGCAUGAAUUGUUAGAAUUCCGUCGUAUCGCUGCCCACCUCUAUAAAAAGAACAGAAGAUGGAGACAAUCUAUUGCACUCUCUAAAGAAGAUCGCUUAUUCAAAGAUGCUAUGGAGACAGCGGCUGAAUCCAAGGACCGUGAAGUGGCUGAAGAGCUUUUGCAAUACUUUAUUGAAGUUGGUAAACGUGAAUGCUUUUCUGCUAUGCUUUAUACAUGUUAUGAUUUAAUGAGACCCGAUUAUGUUAUGGAGUUAGCAUGGAGACAUGGAUUAAAUGACUUUGCUAUGCCUUACAUGAUUAAUAUUAUGAGGGAACAAUUCAAUAAGAUCUCUGUAUUGGAUAAGGAAGUGAAUGAACUUAAAGAAAAGAUUGCCAAACAAGAAACCGAUAAUGGAAAUGGAUCUGCUACACCUUUAGGUAGUUCAAUGGGAAACCCACUUAUGUUAACAGCGCCUAAUACUAUGAUGUCACAACAAUCACCUAUGAUGACUGGUACAUCAUUUAAUCACUCUCCUAGUCAACAGUUUGGAGGCUUUUAAAAAAAAAAAAGAAAAAAAAAUUAAAAAAAAAAAUAAGUGGCAUUUUUUAUCUCUAUUUCUUAAUAAAUUAUUUUCAUAAAUGAACAGA